AGGGCUGGCAGCUCCCUGAAGGAAAAGGGCUUGUGUUCUGCCGUUCAACUUGUCAGUCAACUCGUGCCAGCACCCCGUGCGUCUGCCUCCCCAGCCACACCCUCAUUACAUGUGUCUGUCUGGCCUGCUCUGUUCAUCUGUUCAGAGGCGCUCCUGACAAGCCAGGAUUUUCCCCCUUUUUCUCUUGCUGUGAAUUAAGAGGAAGAUCUAUUUCAGCCUAGUCUCUCUCACCCUCCCUCCCCUUCGCUGCCACCACCACCACCACCACCACCACCACACCCCAUCAGAGGAGCAGGAGGAGGAGGAGGAAGAAGAAGAGGAGGACGAAGAGGGGGCUUCUUACUUUAUGUAGCUUCACAUUCAUUCCUUGUUUACAGUUUCCCCGACCUCAAUCUCUAGAAUGGAAGAGACUGAACUGGUGAAGGAGAGACUCCAGGCCAUUACAGACAAAAGGAAAUUGCAAGAAGAAAUCUCACAAAAGCGUCUGAAAGUAGAGGAAGAAAAGCUAAAACACCAGCAUUUGAAGAAAAAAGCCUUGAGGGAGAAAUGGCUCCUGGAUGGAAUAAACAGUGGAAAAGAGCAAGAGGAAAUGCAGAAGCAAAAUCAACAAGACCAACACCAAACCAAAGUUCUAGAGCAAAGCAUCCUAAGACUUGAGAAAGAGAUUGAAGAGCUUGAAAAAGCAGAAUUGAAAAUCUCAGUUCAUGAAGAGGCAAUUUUAAAAAAACUAAAAUCAGUCGAAAGAACAGCAGAAGACAUUAUAAAGUCUGUGAAGGUGGAAAAGACAGAAAAACCAGAAGAAACCAUUGAAGACAUCUAUGCCAAUAUCCCUGAUCUUCCAAAAUCCUAUGUACCAUCUAGGUUACGGAGGGAAAGAGAUGAAGCAAUAGAAGAGGAUGAGCAAAAUAGAAAAGCUUUGUACACCAUGGAAAUUAAAGUUGAAAAAGAUAUGAAGACUGGAGAGAGCACUGUACUAUCUUCAAUACCUCUCCCAUCUGAUGACUUUAAAGGUACAGGCGUAAAAGUUUAUGAUGAUGGCCGAAAAUCAAUCUAUGCAGUCAGCUCCAAUCACCAUGUUGCACAUAAUGGCACUGAUGAUCUAGCACCCAUUGAGGUGGAGGAACUUUUAAGACAAGCCUCAGAGAGAAAUUCUAAAUCUCCAACUGAAUAUCAUGAGCCUGUGUAUGCCAACCAGUUUUGCAGACCUUUAACCCCACAGAAAGAAGGGGUAACUCCUGGACCAAAUAUCCAAGAAAGGAUGCACAUUCAAGCUAAUGGACUAGGCACUAGUUUAAAUGGUUCUUCACACAACUUGGGAAAUGGCUUACAGAAGGACAAUCAUCUCAGCCCCAUGCGACCAAUACCUCGCCCCAGAUCAGUGGUUCAGCAUACAGAAGAUAACGUUCGUACCCAUCCAAAGAUGAUGCCAUCUUGGGAAGAAACAAAUGUGAUGCAAGAGGAAUGCGUUCCCUUUUCCAAAGCAAGAGAGAGCACUCAAGAGCCAACCAUUAGGAAGUCAGUACAGCAGUGUUCUUCACCAAAUGUCCAGGAAGAUGAGGAAGACAUCAAGUACAAUGUUGUUCAGUCCAUGCCUUGUAAUGUAGAUGAAUCAAAACCUGUUACCAUGAUUUUCAUGGGGUAUCAGCAAGCAGAAGAGGAGGAUGAAGAAGAAAAAAAGUUCCUAACAGGGUAUGAUGGAAUCAUCCAUGCAGAGCUGGUGGUGAUUGAUGAUGAUGAUGAAGAGGAGGAAAGAGAAACUGAGAAACCAUCCUAUCAUCCCGUGGGCCACUACAGUAAGGUUUACCAACCUGCUAAGCCAACACCACUCCCCAGGAAGAGAUCAGAAGUCAACCCACAUGAAAACUCAAGCCAUCAAUCACCUCACAAAAAGUCCAUAGCCCUGAAUGACCAAAAGGAAAUCUUAAACCACCCCAUCCAUCAUCCUAAUCUUGAUGGCCAGAGAGCUAGAGAUGAGACAGAGGAUCCUUCCCUCACAGGAGCUCUUCUCUGUAUUAAAACUAUGAAGUCGGGACCUGGAAGCACCGGUCCCAUGGUGUUUUCAAAGAACCAACAAUGAUAAGACCAGAAUUUGAUGGUCCCCAUCUGAACUAUCUUCAUAUCCUCUGACUUCUGACCUAUGGAGAUCAGACAGUUGAGACCACAGAUGUGAACAUACACUGCCAUCUCUAAUAAAUAGCCCAGCAAUUUCUGAAUACCUAAAAGAAGACAAUGAAACUUCAAAAACCAAUGCCAUUGAGGAAAUGAGUAAUGCUAUGCUCUUGGAAAAGUGAUGUUGUCCAACCAACAAAUUGGCAAAGACGGUACAAGACAAAAAUAAUUAAUGUUGCAGGGCUGUGGAAAGACAGGCAGAUGAAUGAACUCUUGGUGGAGAUGCGAUAAUCAAUUUCUGGCAAACAAAUUUGGAAUUACACUUUACAAAUCCCCAAACUGUACAUAUCCUUGAUAUAGUGAUACUACCACUAGACACAUACUACAAGGAGGCCAAAGACAGAUGAAAAGUUCCUAUAUAUUAAAAAAUAUAUAUAAUAGCACGUUUUGUAAUAACAAAGCACUGGAAGGGAAAAAGGAUGGAAAUCAAGAAGGAAAGACUGAACAAAUUGUGGUAUAUGAAUAUAAUGGAAUAUUAUUAUACCAUUAAGAAAUGAUGAAUAUGAAAAACAUGAAAAGUCUUGUACAAAUUGAUUCAGAGCAAAGUAAGCAGAUACAAGAGAACAAGUUACAAGAUGCCCAUAAUAAUGAAAAGGAAAGAAACUGAAAGGAUUUGGAACUCUGAUCAAUGCUGUGACCAAUCAUGACUUUGGAGGACUUGAAGAUGAAGUAUACCCCCACUUAUCUUCAAAGAGGUGAUAGCAGAAUGAAGGGUGCAUUUUCUCUGACAUUACAAAUGUGUUGAUUGGCUUUGAUUGGCUAUAUUUAUUAUAGGAAUAAGUUGAAGUGGAGAACUGGAGUAGUCAUUAUGAAAAGUUUUUUUUUUCAAGAAAAAAAAAAACAGCAUCAAUAAAGCCUGCCAAAGAAGGAAAGAAAAGUGAUGCUGUCACCAUGAAGCAGUGAGGUCGGUCGGGUUCUCCUGACUACUGGCAGUUGACAUCUAGAAGCAGUGAGAUUACUAGGAUUAGGUAAAGCUAAAAUACCAAGUUUUAGCAGAAAUUGGCAUGUGGAUCUAAUUAGACUGGAAUCAACAGAUCAGGCUAAGAGCCAAGCAUUAGCAGGGGACCAGACAGGCUGACUCUUGCUGAAUCACUUUAGACUAUGAAAAUAGUGGCUAAUCACCAGGGCUCAUGGGCAAGGUCAGACAAUGGACAAUGGACAAGGUCACAGAAUAGAACAGAGAGAACUCUACAAGGCAGAAAUGAGGAGCCACAUUUCUAUC